AGGGCGAAGGCGGCCGAGGAGCCGAGGGUGCCGGAGCCACGUUACUGCACACUCAUUCUCCGUCCUCCCGCCGGGCUCGCGGGUUACGAAUCGCUGAGCGCACACGCAGCCCUGGGCGCGAGGGUUUGUCUGAGGAAAUCUUUACCUCAGCGACCCGAUUCUCCUCACUAAAAAAUACACCGCGCUUGGCCCUGGGUUCUUUAUGAGGAGGGCAGUCAGAGGGAUACAGGCAAAUGUUCAAACGCAGAAUGGCCAAAGUUUUCUGGUUUUGGAUGAACAAAGAUUUGCAAAAGAAAUUCUCCCCAAAUAUUUCAAGCACAAUAACAUGGCAAGCUUUGUGAGGCAACUGAAUAUGUAUGGUUUCCGUAAAGUUGUACAUAUUGACUCCGGAAUUGUAAAGCAGGAAAGAGAUGGUCCUGUUGAAUUUCAGCACCCUUACUUCAAACAAGGCCAGGAUGACUUGUUGGAGAACAUUAAAAGGAAGGUUUCAUCUUCAAAACCAGAAGAAAACAAGAUUCGUCAGGAAGAUUUAACAAAAAUUAUAAGUAGUGCUCAGAAGGUUCAAAUAAAACAGGAAACUAUUGAGUCCAGGCUUUCUGAAUUAAAAAGUGAGAAUGAGUCCCUUUGGAAGGAGGUGUCAGAAUUACGAGCAAAACAUGCACAACAGCAACAAGUUAUUCGAAAGAUUGUCCAGUUUAUUGUUACGUUGGUUCAGAAUAACCAACUUGUGAGUUUAAAACGUAAAAGGCCUCUACUUCUAAAUACUAAUGGAGCCCAAAAGAAGAACCUGUUUCAGCAUAUCGUCAAAGAACCAGCUGAUAAUCACCAUCAUAAAGUUCCACAUAGUAGGACUGAAGGUUUAAAGCCAAGGGAGCGGAUUUCAGAUGACAUUAUUAUUUAUGAUGUAACUGAUGAUAAUGCAGAUGAAGAAAAUAUCCCUGUUAUUCCAGAAACUAAUGAGGAUGUUAUAUCUGAUCCCUCCAACUGUAGCCAGUACCCUGAUAUUGUCAUUGUUGAAGAUGACAAUGAAGAUGAGUAUGCACCUGUCAUUCAGAGUGGAGAUCAGAAUGAACCAGCUAGAGAAUCCCUAAGUUCAGGCAGUGAUGGCACCAGCCCUCUCAUGUCUAGUGCUGUCCAGCUAAAUGGCUCAUCUAGUCUGACCACAGAAGAUCCUGUGACCAUGAUGGAUUCCAUUUUAAAUGAUAACAUCAAUCUUUUAGGAAAGGUUGAGCUGUUGGAUUAUCUUGACAGUAUUGAUUGCAGCUUAGAGGACUUCCAAGCCAUGCUGUCAGGAAGACAGUUUAGCAUAGACCCAGAUCUCCUGGUUGAUCUUUUCACUAGUUCUGUGCAGAUGAAUCCCACAGAUUACAUCAAUAAUACAAAAUCUGAGAAUAAAGGAUUAGAAACUACCAAGAACAAUGUAGUUCAGCCAGUUUCAGAAGAGGGAAGAAAAUCUAAACCCAAAACAGAUAAGCAGCUUAUCCAGUACACUGCCUUUCCACUUCUUGCAUUCCUCGAUGGGAACCCUGCUUCUACUGUUGAACAGGGGAGUACAGCAUCAUCAGAAGUUAUGUCCUCUGUAGAUAAACCCAUAGAAGUUGAUGAGCUUCUGGAUAGCAGCCUAGAUCCAGAGCCAACCCAAAGUAAGCUUGUUCGCCUGGAGCCAUUGACUGAAGCCGAAGCUAGUGAAGCCACACUGUUUUAUUUAUGUGAACUUGCUCCUGCACCUCUGGAUAGUGAUAUGCCACUUUUAGAUAGUUAAAUCCCCAAGAAGUGGACUCUACAUGUAUAUAUUCAUCAAAAUGAUGAACUAUUUAUUUUAAAGUAUCAUUUGGUACUUUUUUUUGUAAAUUGCUUUGUUUUGUUUAAUCAGAUACUGUGGAAUCAAAAGCACCUUUUGCUUUUCUCACACACUCUUGCAAAGCUUUCAGAUGUUACUCAGCUACAUAGGUACACAAGAUUUAAUGCACAUUGUUGGUAUAUCUCUAAGUUGGAUUCAAAUGGCCAUUUUUCUCCAGUUAUAGUAAAUUGGAUUUCUUUUUUACAUAUAUACCCAUUAACCCCAGUUAAACUUUUUUGUUUGUUUUACUUGUUUGAUGCUGUCUGUUUGCAUUGAGUGUAAGUCACUAGAACUAAUGGUAGAACUCUUAAAGCUUUGUCUGUUCCAGUUACUUUUACUAAAUAUUUUUCACUUGGCUUAUUUUUAAAAACUGGGAACAUAAAGUGCCUGUAUCUUGUAAAACUUCAUUUGUCUCUCUUGUUCAGAGAAGUUCAUUCAUGUUCAACAGGAAAGGCAAAGUAUACUUGAGUGCUUGCUGUCAGAUAUGGCUCCAGCUUCAUAUACAUAGAAAGAAGGGAAUGGGAUGGCAUCAACCUGAUCCAUCUCAUUGGACUAGUUUUAAGUAAAAGUUUUCUGAUUUGUUUGUGUUUUUUUUGAACCAUACUAUUUAGUAAAAUAAAUAUAAUGAAUGUUGCGUA